CCUUACAGUAACUGUUGCGACAGAGAUAUAAAUUCUCUCAUUCGUAGUAGCAGACAUUAUUCCCCCAUCCUCUGUCGUGCAACUGGUUUGGGGGACAGAGAUAGCAUAACUUCCAUAGGUCUCGCUGUAAGAAGAUAGAAUACGACAGUUUAAAGAAUAUGGAGUUUACAGAUGUUGAUGGGGUGUGUUCUACUCUGUAUGGGGACUCUCUAUACCAAGCAUCAGUACCAUCUCUUCAUUUCCACGAUGCCGUGUAUCCGAUGCAUUCUGGAUGGCAACACGAUCCAACCCCACCACAGAAUAUGUUCGACCAUCCAGCGUUUAUGGGGGUUUCUUCUCCAUCCGAAAAUGAUUAUUCACAGACUGACAUAAACUGGGACUUUGCAUUAUCACCUGGAUGCGGAAUGCAGUACGAUGGAAGUGCAGACUCAACUUCAAGCGAAAAACAAGUAGUGAGCAAAAACGGGAAACCAAAACGAAAGCGAGUGCAGUCCGUGGUACAGCGUAAAGCGGCAAACGUCAGAGAGCGGAAGCGAAUGUUCCAUCUCAAUGAAGCCUUUGACGAAUUACGGAAAAGACUUCCAGCUUUUAAUUACGAAAAGAGACUUUCCAGGAUCGAAACCUUAAAGCUGGCUAUGACUUAUAUCUCAUUCAUGAAGGACAUUUCUGAUGGCGAGGACCCACAAAACGUUCAAUUAAAACCGUCCGCAGCCGACACCUUCAAUAUGUUCAGUCAACAAGAAAACACCGUCGCCAGUAGUAGUGAUGAUUCCCUGAGUGCCUGAUGUUACGAUUCCAUUUACCUAAUACAGACACACCAGAUAGAUAAAGAAUCCAUUCAUACUCUCCUUGGAUUUGUGACGAGGUAUUUAGGCUUUCUAUGUAGGAUGAAAAGACAACUUAAUAAGUGAACAAUUCACCACCAUUGUCGAUCUCCUCAUCACUUGCUUGAGGUGCUUGAAUAAUUUUCUAACACCAUAUUUAUAACACUGUUGAUGUUCCUUAUGUCUGUAAGGCGUUGAAACUUUGUCCGUCCGUUUGUGGUUAUAACACGAUAUAGAAGAUAGCCCGUCUAGAAUAUUUAUAAGAUUAUUAUAAAUUUAAUUAUGUACGUGACAGAAGGUGAAAGCAAAGUGUUAAAAUAUGAUCACGGACAUAUGAAAUCCAUAAUGUGUUCAUUAGAGAUGAAUUAAAUUCUAUGUAUGUAUCAUUAUACAUAUGCAUGUGUUCACAUAAAUAUUUUUAUACAUUUAUUGCAAUUAUAUUUUUAUAUCAUAUUAAUCCUUUGUUUGUGUAUUUUCAGUUGUGUUCAGAUUUUUUUAAAGUAUGAUUAUACAGUUUUUAUGACUAUGUCGAAUGAUUUGAUAUUUUAACAUCUUAUUUUUGCACGGUAUAUGCAUAUUGUAAAGGGGGUAGCAUUGCUAAGUAGUCGAAAAAAGUUCAACGUGUUUGAAUAUGUUCAUUUUAAUCCCAGAAACGCUCUAAGCCUUUGUGCUAUGGUACGCGUUUGAAUUCCAAAUUCCCAUUACAGUUUAUGCAAUGUAAUAUGUAUUUCAUCAAGUUUUUUUUUCUCCUGAAGCUGGUCGAGGUUACGCCUUGGCGUGAUGCAGUCUUCCUCUGUUAUAUAUACAGGUGUGAAUACACCUGUAAAACAAAUGUUUUACUAUGGUUGAAAUAAAAAAAAGCUUAUA